AUGGAUCGCAAGGCCGAGCUUGAAAAGAAGAGAAAGAAGUUAGAGGAGCUCAGAAAAGCCAAGGAACUGAAGAAGCAGGCGAAAGAGGCAGAGAAAACUGUUUCGCACUUGACAGUAGAUGAUGGUCCAGUCGAUGAACUGGCUAGAGAACGUCAAGAUGUUGGUCUGUUAGUAGAUUCUUUGAUUGGAGAUCAGCCAGUGACCGGCGCCUCAUCUGCAGCAUCUGGUGGAGAAAUUGCCGAGAGAUCUCCAGAGCCUCGUUCUGGAGCAGUUAGCGCCGAGCCUACGGAAUCUCUAGCUAGUCGCUUGUCUCGACUGACAAUCUCAACUGCUGUCCAAACAAAUAUUCCUCCAAUUGAACAGGUUUUUUACACAAAGGAGACACAAACAAUAGAAACUUCAUUUGGAGACGAUGAGGAGGAGGAAGAUGAGAUUUUGCCUGCUGUACAGUCUCAACAUUUUGACCUGGAAGCUGUUGACAGAUCACAAGAGCCACAACAACACAGAGAUGCGGAACAAAGGAAUAUACCAGAGUUAAGUGAAGAUGACAAACGUCAGAUAUUGUCUUCUGAAGACUUUGUAAGAUUUUUUGAUCGAGCAUCUCGUCUUGUAAUGAGAGCACUUGCAGACACAUCUGACUUUACAAAAGAUUAUGCAAAGGAAGGAAAAGAAGAAGGAGAAAGUGAUUCUGGAGCUGAUCGUCUGACUUUCUGUCAGUCUUUUGUUGAUGAGCAUUGGUCUCGUCAUCGUGGCGUAAUGCGUCUGGAUUGGUCUACUCAACAUCCUGAGUUACUUCUUGCAGCAUACAAUACGAAUGAGGAAGCACAUCAUGAUCCAGAUGGAGUAGCUCUUGUAUGGAAUACAAAAUGGAACACUCAGACUCCAGAGUACAUUUUUCAUUGUCAGUCUGCUGUUAUGUCUGCAACAUUUACAAAUUUCCACCCCAACCUCGUAAUUGGAGGAACAUAUUCUGGUCAGAUUGUUUUAUGGGAUAACAGGUCAUCUAAAAGGACCCCAGUACAGAGGAGUCCUCUCUCAUCUAAUGCACACACGCAUCCUGUAUACUGUGUUGCUGUUGUUGGGACUCAAAAUGCUCAUAAUCUGAUUAGCACUUCAACUGAUGGCAAAUUAUGUUCAUGGAGUCUUGAUAUGUUGUCGCAACCUCAGGACAAGCUUGAACUUCAAUAUCAGACCAAAUCUGUAGCUGUGACAUGUAUGGACUUUCCUCCUGGUGAAAUCAAUAGUUUUGUUGUUGGAAGUGAGGAAGGUUCUGUGUUUAUGGGCAGCAGACUUGGAGUUAAAGCUGGAAUCUCUAACCAUUUUGAUGGGCAUUUUGGACCUAUUACUGGGAUUGAUUUCAACUCUUCUGCUGGAAGACACGACUUCAGUCAUUUGUUUCUUACGUCAUCAUUUGACUGGACAGUAAAGUUGUGGAGUGAAAAGCAUUCCAGUCCUCUACAUUCUUUUGAAGACAGCGGCGACUACGUUUUUGAUGUGCAGUGGUCACCUAUUAAUCCAGCUUUGUUUGCUGCAAUUGACGGUACAAAGCGUCUGGACUUGUGGCAUAUCAACAGAGACAUUGAGGUUCCUUACUGCAGUGAAACACUAGACUCUGUUGCUGCUCCUAAUUGUGUGAGAUGGUCUAAGAAUGGAACAACAUUGGCUGUGGGGGAUGCUGACGGAAAGCUACACAUGUACACCGUUGGAGAGCAUAUUGCACAGCCCAAGAGUGAUGAAUGGUCUUACUUGAGGAACGCGUUGCAAGAAAUGCAGACGAGAGCCAUGCAGCCUAUGGAAACGAGUCUUACUCCUCACACGCCUUUGUAACACUAUUCUUAAUUAAUUAGUUAGGCUUAUACUAUGGAUAAUGAAAGUUGCAAUGUUAGUGUUGCAAUAAUUGACUGUUCGUUUUAAGCUUAGUGAGCAAAUAUGUUUAGAGUGGUUCUGUAGGAUCGAUACUCGAUCAUGCAGUGUGGAAAAUAACUUACUAUAAUAGAUG